UGGACGGCUCAUAUUUGAUCUCUCUUCUUCUCUCUCUCAAUUUCAGAGAUCACAGAGGCCAACGAAGAAAAGCACCGCUUUUGCCAGAAACGGUGACGAUAGAGAGAGAGAGAGAGAGAGAGGGAAGGAGAGAGUCAGGGCCGAUUUGGUUUCCCUGAAAAUUUUUCAUUUUUGUUUCUUUCAAUUUUCUUUCCCUUUUCUCUCUUUCUCGUUUUUUCCAGAUUUGUCUAUCGAAUCCAUUUUCAAAGAUUCCCAAAAGUGGGCCUUUUUGUGUGUUUUCGAUUUUUGAAUUUGAUUGUGGUAAUGGAGACGGAUAGUAUGGAGUGUGAAUCUUCGACGAGAAGCGUCCAGAACGAUGAGAUCCAUCAUAAUGGAACUUACCAUUUCUCUUCAACGAAGAAUCACGGCGGAGCCGCUGCCGCCGUCGUUACCAACAUAGUCGGUCCGACGGCAACCGCUCCGGCUACUAGCGUCUACGAGCUUCUGGAGUGCCCUGUCUGUACCUAUUCUAUGUAUCCUCCUAUCCAUCAGUGCCAUAAUGGACACACAUUGUGCUCGACCUGUAAAGUAAGGGUUCAUAACCGUUGUCCCACGUGUAGACAAGAACUUGGAGAUAUAAGAUGUUUAGCUCUUGAGAAAGUAGCAGAGUCGCUUGAGCUGCCUUGCAAGUAUUACAAUCUUGGAUGUCCUGAGAUAUUUCCUUAUUACAGCAAACUAAAGCAUGAGUCUCUCUGUAACUUCAGACCUUACAGUUGUCCGUAUGCUGGUUCGGAAUGUGGUAUCGUAGGAGACAUCCCUUUCCUUGUAGCCCAUCUCAGGGAUGAUCACAAAGUUGAUAUGCACGCUGGUUCUACUUUUAACCACCGCUACGUCAAAUCCAAUCCUCGUGAAGUAGAGAACGCCACUUGGAUGCUAACUGUUUUCCAUUGCUUUGGGCAAUACUUUUGCCUCCAUUUUGAAGCGUUCCAGCUCGGGAUGGGUCCGGUAUACAUGGCAUUCUUGAGAUUCAUGGGGGACGAGGAAGAAGCACGGAGCUACAGCUACAGCUUAGAAGUGGGAGGCAGUGGGAGGAAGCUAACAUGGGAAGGAACUCCAAGAAGUAUCAGAGAUAGCCACAGGAAAGUGAGAGACAGCAACGACGGUCUCAUCAUCCAAAGAAACAUGGCUCUCUUCUUCUCCGGUGGUGAUAGGAAAGAGCUUAAACUUAGAGUCACUGGUAAAAUCUGGAAAGAGCAACACAGUCCAGAUUCUGGGCUCUGUAUACCAAACCUAUCUUCCUGAUCAUUCUUUCUUUUUUUUUCUCUCACUUUGAGAAGGAAAGCUGUAUGGUGGUGACUGGUGAUUCGUUUGCACUGUUCUUCUUUGUCUGUAUCUAAAAGAUUUCAUGAAUGAAUUUGUGUUGAUCUUGUCACACAUUUACACGUUA